GUAAUACUCUGUCCGGAUAGGCUUGAAUAACCAUAACAUCAACUCGGGAUGUCUGGAGCAGUUCCGAAAGGGAUAUGGCUCGCGCUCUUACUGCUCACGUUUUCGGUUGAACACGAACAAGCUGCCAAUGUUGGUGGUGGUGGUCAAAACGAGCUGCACAUCCAAACGACUGCGUCUCCUUCGACUACACCGCGAGGGCUCGCCGUGAGCAGCGGCAGGAGCAACUUCACAGUCCAAGCCGGGACAAAGUUCACACUUCACUGCAACUACCAGCCCCACGAUGAGAACACCUCCGUGUCCUGGAUGAGAAAAAUGGGUGACAGCCUGCAGCUGAUCUCGGUGAAUACCGAGAUCUACAGCCCGGACCCUCGCUACAGGAUCAGCUUCACCAAGCCUGCGGAUUGGCAGCUCCACGUCCAGUCCGUCAACUUCACCGACCGGGGGCACUACGAGUGCCAGGUCAACUCCCACCCGCCCAUCGUGUACUCGGUCCAUGUUAAUGUCGUAGUUCCACUAAUGCACAUAAAGGACGAACGGGAUAUCCCAAUCAGGAACAAGUUCUACAACUCAGGAAGCACAAUCGAGCUGCGGUGCCUUAUUGUGAGGGUGCCUCAGCCGACUCAGUUCAUCCUCUGGAGGCACAACUCAACUGUACUCAACUACGACACAACCAGGGGAGGCAUCAGCGUAAAGACUGACAUCCUUCCAGACGGCGCUAAAAGCCAACUCUACAUCGCAAAUGUAGGUCCUACUGACUCAGGGAACUACAGCUGCUCUCUAGGAGAGAACGCUAUGACUUGGGUAUCUGUCGUAGUAAUUACAGGAGAGACACCAGCAGCGAUGCAACAUGGAUGUGCAGCAACUUCGGCAAAUCUUGGACUACUCACGUUGCUGUCGGCAGUCCUUUCUGCACUCAGCUGACUUCCCUAAGAACCAUUUUGUCUUCAUGGAAUUUUUGAGAUCGUAACACAUACCUAUAAAAAAAAGUAAAAAUAUUUUGAAUGUCAACUAAAUGUAAUUUUAUUAUUUAUCAAAGUUUUAACGAACUAUAUUUGUAAAUAGUUGUAUACAUACAUAUAUGUAUUAAACAGUGCAUUUGUCAAAUCAAAUAAAGAAAUAUUGGUGUAUAAAUGUAGAAUGUAUAUUUGUAAGAAACAUGUGUUUAAUAUUUUAUGUACAGGGUGAUUUUAUUAAAAUCAAUAAUUAAAUAAACAAUUAUUGUUGAUAUUUUUAUGUGUACAUGUUUCAUGAAUUUAUUCAUCAUUUAAAUAAGAAUGAAAUUUGCGUUUUAAAUCUAAAACGACGGAGGGUACACGACCUUCCUAUUAACUCAUGGAAAUAUGUAAAAUAAUUUAUAGAAAUUUUUAUCUGCACAAAAAAAUUACAAUUUUAUAAACAAGAAUGAUUUUUUAAAAAGUCUAAUAUUUAUUCAAAGCUAAUGAAUUACAAAAAGAAUAAAUAGGCAUUCAAGAAAGAAUACAUUCGAUAUAAACUGGUCACUUUCUGACGGCCUAUUUUUUAAAAAAUAAGUAUUAACUCACCUGAAAGUACUUCCUUAGAAAAAAAAAACUUUAAUUAUAAUAGUUUUUUUUACUUAAUAAUUAAAAUGUAGAAAUGCUAAAAAUGGUAAAAAUGUAACCAUUAAUACAAACAAUGUUUUAUAUCACUAAAUAUUUGUUGUUGUUUUUUAACCCAUAAAUGUUCAACAGAUUAUAAUAAAUUAAAAAAAGGUAUGUUGAAAAAUGUUUGGUGCAUUAAAUAAUUGACCAGAUAUUUAAAUUAUUUAGACAUAAAGUUUUCCCGACCCAUAAUUUUUUAUCAAUGAUAGAAAAAUUUUUAAUUUUAAUUUUUUUUUUUUUACAAUGAAUGUUACACUUCCUUUUUAUAAUAUUAUCCUAUUGGAUGAAAUAUUAGUCUUUCUUAUUUAAAUUUAAUAUAAUAUUAAAUAUAAUAUUAUUUAAAUUAAAAAAAAAAACUACUUCAGGCGAUGGUAAUGAAAUGUGUACAUUGUUCAUUUCAGCAUUUUGUUUUCAAGCAUUUAAUAUAAUUAAAUUUGAACUUUUAAUCAAUAAAUUUUGUACAGUAUUUUCAAUAUUUUGUAUAGUUUUAUGAAAAAAAAUAAGUUACAAUCUCUCUAAAAUAAGUUUAAUUUUAAAAACUAAUUCUUGGUUUGAAUCAAUCAAUACAUUUUAAUUUCAAUGGACUUAAAUAUUAUCGUAAACUUUUAUAUAAAAUAUAAUAUAUGUGCAUCAUGAAUGUUUGCUCAAUAUUUUUUUUUUUAAUUUCAUUCUUUUCUCACAACCUAAUCCAUUCUAACAUGAAAUUUUAAUAUUCUGAAAUUGUAUAAAACUUACUGUACAAUAUUUGUGUUUAUCAUGUCAAGAUUUG